GCAUUUAACAUAUCGAGUAUUUUUCAAACACACUAUAUUUCUUUACAAAUAUUAUUCAAUUUUCAUUCCUUUUUAAGUUUUUAUUUAAAAAAAAAUGGAGUCUCAAAAGAAACGUCAAGCUGCUUACAUGAAGAAAAACCUCUUGGAUCAGGGAUACCUUGAUGAACAAUUUGCUCAUCUUGAAGAAUUACAAGAUGAUGCAAACCCCAACUUUGUUGAAGAAGUUGUCAAAUCUUUUUACACAGAUUCUGCUAGAUUUAUUCGAAAUAUUGAAGUUGCACUGGAAAAUGGACCCUAUGAUUUUACUAAGCUGGACAACAUGAUGUACCAAUUCAAGGGUAGUAGCUCAAGCAUUGGUGCCAGAAGAGUGAAAAGACAAUGCUCUAUGUUUCAAGAAUGCUGUAAUGCAAAAAAUAUAGAGGGGUGUAGGAACACAUUCCAAGGAGUGAAGCAAGAGUAUGCUACUCUAAAGACUAAGCUUGAGACUUACUUCCAGAUGGAAAAAUAAGCUUCGCUGAUGUUGAAAGCAAGCAUCAGGUUCGAAAUGAACAAGCCUCCUCAUGACCUUCCUUCAACUAGCUGAUAUAUAUAUAUAUAUAUAUAAAUAAAGAUAUUGAUGCAUAUAAAGGGAUGACAUAUAUUAUCUUCUUAUCAUGAAAUAAUAUUAACAAUAUGGCAUUGGAAAAGUGUAUUUGCCAUUCUGUUGUAUAAAACCUGUCAAAGCUUAUUAAUGCAAAGUUGAUGGUUCCAA